AUGAUUACCUCUACUCAUGUACACCCUCAGGCUAACAGACAAGCAGAGUCAAGCAAUAAGAUCAUCAUGAACAAUCUCAAGAAAAGACUGGGACAAGCUAAAGGAAAAUGGGCAGAAGAACUUCCAUUUGUCUUGUGGGCUGAUCGAACCACUUCGAAAACGGCUACUGGACAAACGCCAUUUUCACUUGUCUUUGGGACUGAAGCAGUAUUGCCUACCAAAAUGGAUUUGCCUACAGCAAGGGUAAGCCUAUUAACUUAUGAGAAAAACAAGGAGUUAUUGCUUGAAUAUCUUGAAGCUAUAACUGAGCUACGAGAAAGAACCAAGAUAAGAAUAGCAGCCUAUCAACAGCGAAUCGCUAAGUCUAAUAAUAAAAAUAUAAGAGCAAGAAGAUUUCAAAUUGGAGAUCUAGUUCUCAAAAAGGUUCUAACUAAACCCGAUGGUAAGUUGAACCCAAAAUGGGAAGGUCCAUACUUAAUAGAAGGAGAAGCUGGGAAAGGAUCCUAUUGGCCAAGCAUAAGUGGACAUCGACAGUUAUUAAACAUACUACAGGCUAAAGAUUAUAGCCAUCAAGUGGAAUCCUAA